GUGAUAGUUCCACAGACGUGCAAUUUUCUAUUUUUGCUCGACUUGGAGAUCAGCCAUCAAUUCUGCUCCUAAAUUGGUUCACUACGAGUACUUCGUCAAGCAGGCGCUAGUGGUGGCAUUCACAGACAAAGAGCCUCCAUCACUAAUCUAGGGUCUGUAGCUAAGUAGCUACUGUAAGUAACCUUAGCAACGGGAAGGACAUGCUAGCGUGACUACCCACUAGCAACUAGCUGACGGUAAGAUACUCCACUCCACCUUUGCGACAGCAAUCGAUGCAAACUCUCCGGGCCCAAUGCAGGCUAGUCAACGCAGACCCACUGCGAGAAAAACGGCUAUCUUGCACCUACACCUACACCUACAGUGUCUCUAGAUCUCCCGAUCAGGGAAGCGUCUAUCCUUUUCUCAUUCAUCACAUCACACGACCGUCAUCUCAAAGGAAAGGGUGUGUGGGAAGAUUCGAGCUCCUUCUCGCGACCUUUUUUGACAUUCACAGGCGGUGUAUACAUUGCUCUGCAAAUUCUUCUCUGAGAAGCAAUUGUUCACGGCAUUCUCAGUGAUACCCGAGACGGCAAUGAACAGUUUCUUGCCAGCAUAAGUCACUUCACUUACUAGUACGCCACUUUUCACGGAACUUUCUUGACCUCAGACAUAUCCAAUAUCCAGAGGCUUUUUUUCUUCGUUUCCAAACUCCCAUCAUUUCGCUGGUUGAGACGUCCAUCGAUGCUCAACAUGGCUUCGAAUCGCAGCCCAUCUGGGAGCCGAAACGCUACCGAACAAACAUCACUUUUGUCAGUUGUCGAUAACUCAAGUAACUUCCGCUUCCCCAGUAAUGGAUCGGGACCUCAAGAUGGAAGCCAAAGAGACAAUGGUCAUGAUGACGAUGAAGGGACCGAGAUCGACCCGAAUGAAUUUGACAACCUCUUGUGUCGUUCAGGAAGUAUUGCGAGUGGGGUGGGAAUAGAAAUUGGCUCCCAAGAGACUGCCCUGCUCAGAGGAUCCCGAAGAUACAGUAUAUCACAACCACAAGUCCGAUGUCCUAGUCGAGCAAGCCGACGCAAAUCUUUCAGCAGCAUUGGAAGUAGUACGGGUAUACUAGAGGAAUCCGGCGAAGAUACUGACGAAGAUGCUGAGCCAAAAUCGCCCUUCAUGGCAGGCGUUAGUGUUGCAAGGUUCUGGCUGGUAAGAACUACCUCCUUCCUCAUUUCUUAACCAAACCAAUUGACUCUCUAAAAAAGAUCUUUGGAGGCGUGCUUGUUUGCUAUUUUGUGGCCUGUUUCGAUUCCACCAUCAUGGUCUCUUCUCACCCAAUUAUUACUUCAUAUUUCAAGAGCGCCAACAGUGCAUCUUGGCUAUCUACUGCCUUCCUCCUCACGUCCACAAGCUUCCAGCCCUUAUUCGGGCGUCUGUCUGAUACUAUUGGGCGAAAAACACCAUAUGUCUUCACAAUGGCUGUCUUUCUGGUUGCGACUGUAUGGUGUGCUCUUGCACAAUCCAUGUUGAGCUUCAUCAUGGCUCGUGCACUUUGUGGUUUAGGCGCAGGAGGAAUGAUGUCGUUGGGAUCUAUUAUCACAAGCGACCUUGUGCCAAUUGAGAUCCGCGGUGCCUAUCAAUCAUAUAUUAAUAUGAUUUUCGGUGUUGGAUCAGCCCUAGGAGCCGCUUUGGGUGGUGCUAUUGCUGAUAAUCUGGGUUGGCGUUGGGAGUUUGGUGUUCAACUUCCAGCUUUAUUCGCCUGCCUAUGCAUUGCAUGCUUCACAGUACCCAAGGACUUGGGCUUACCAGAAGGUGUUCAAACGAAAAGCCUGUGGGAGGCAAUGAAGGUUUUUGAUUACAAAGGGUCGAUCCUUUUGACUACUUCAAUCACUUUCCUUAUACUAGGACUGGUAGGUCUCUUGGUGCCGUCAAAGAAUAGGUAGGACUCGCUAAUAAAUUCAAGAAUCUAGGGGGAAAUGUAUAUCCAUGGUCACAUCCAUUUGUCAUUACCUCCCUCGUCAUCUUCCUCAUUGCCUUCCCCCUGUUUAUAUAUGUCGAGUCUUGGGUAGACCUUCCAAUCAUGCCCCUCCAUCUCUUGAUCCGAAAUCCACGCGCAGGCCUCAUUCUUUCCAACUCCAUUGGAGCUAUUAUAGUCAACGCGAUAAUGUUUAACGUCCCACUUUUCUUCCAAGCCGUCCUGCUAGAAACGGCCACUAGCUCGGGUUUGCGCUUGAUUGUCCCCACAAUCGCCUCAUCAGCCGUUGGCACCGCGACUGGAUUUAUAAUCACAUACAAUAAGCGCUUGAAGUCUCCAUUGGUUGCGGGAGUCAUCCUACUUAUGAUUGGCACUACGGGACUAUCAACAAUGAAGCGAGGUUUGCCAGAAUGGGCAUAUCUUUUGUAUCUCAUCCCCUCGAGUAUGGGCUCAGGAUUUAUGUUCCCAGCGACAUUCAUGGCCGUCCUUGCUGUCUCGGAACAAUCUGAACAGGCGGUCGUUACUAGCACCUUAAUCUUAUGGCGUUCAAUGGGAAUGGUGCUCGGUGUUGCGACUAGUAGUCUGGUCCUGCAAAAUGCAUUGUACUAUUAUCUUGAGAUUUUUGUCAAGGGGCCGGAUAAGUGGCAUGUAAGUUACCUCUCUUGAUUUUCUUUCAUGUGCUGGAAUCACGAAAGUUAUGGAAAGACUAAUCAGGAAUUGCCAUUAGGUUAUCGAAGAAGUCCGCAAGUCCGUUCUCGCCAUACCCAAGUUGGAGCCAAUGUAUCGAGAGCAAGUCAUUGACUCCUACGCCGCGUCGUUGAGGGUAACCUUUAUCAUGGCUGCGGUUUUUGCGGCUCUUUCGAUUGCUCUUACGUUGCCUUUGAGACUCCCGAAAUUGGGACAGAGGAAAUCUACCUAGGCGGUGUGUAUUGGAGACUUUUCUCAAAAUGCGAUAAUGGAGUUUGGGAUUUCAUUGUGGAAUUUACUGCGUCUCGGACUUUUAUCAUGAACCAAAAUUAAAUGAAUGGAAAAUGGAUGGAUUUAGCGGGCGCACUAGGGUGUGUCUCAAACUUUUGUGUAUUCGGGUUCCUGAGAUAAGAUGGUAGUGAGGCAUAAGAACACUUCUAGUAAUUACGAAGAUACGAAAUCUGUAUGAGGCGGUUGAAAAUUGUGUCUGAUCACAUUUUAGUAAUUUGAUUUUUGUAUUUAUUGAGGUUAACGAAUUCAAGGGGAUAAAGUAACGU